AUGGAUAGAAAAUCUGCUAGAAUAAAAGCAGAGUUGCAAAGAUAUGGUUGGAGAGUUUCGAAGAAGUUUAAAUAUAAGAAAGGAAGACCCAUAAAAGUCUAUGACAAACUGGCUGGUCUUCGCUACGAAAUGGAUUUGGAAACAGCACGUGCAAAUUAUCCAAACAGACUAGAGAGGUUAGAAGAAGAACGUCUUAUGGACAUGCCUUUCGAUGUUAGUGAACCUCAAGUUGAAGGACACGACGGCUUUGCCAGAUUCUACUGGAAACAUGACGAACAAUUGCAUCCUUUGAGAAGGAAAAAAGGAAAAGGUGAAGACAAACAUGCUCCCAUGGAAAGAACAAGAUAUGCAUAUGAAAAGUACCGUGAAGUUAGAAGUCAAAUUACAUCUGGUCGAACCUUUACAGUAAACUUUGACGAAGGAAAGAACAAAGAAGGCUUCAUGGGUGUACUUGCUGCCAUACAAGAUGGAAAUAAGAAAGGAUACAAUCUCAGAUUGACCAUAACAGAUUUGGAUGGUCACAUUUACUAUGCACAUGGCAAUGUCACAACAGCUGCAAUGCUUCUUGACGCUUUCAAGACUACAAAGAGAGAACAAAUGGUUGACUCCGACUCAGACAUUUUGAAUGCAAUUGAAGGAAUUGCAAGUGUCAAGUUCGAAUGGUACCAACCUAACCCUCAAGCAGUCAGACAACAUGCUGGAUACUUCCCCUUCAUAAAUAAGUCUGACAUUGACUUGACAAG